GCCUCUGGUCGGUCAGCUUCCAGAUUUCGCCAACCGCGCACCUAAUCCCAUACCUGCGUCCAAGCCUGCCCCUCUAGGUCCGGCAAGCCUCGGACCGCUGCUGUGGAAGUGGAGGUGCGAGCUGGGGACGGUCUUCGGCCUCUCCUUCGGUGCCUUCCAGCCCAUCUUCAUUGCCGAGCCCGACCUCUUGCACCAGAUCAUGGUGUCAAAGAACGCGUCGUUCCAGAAGGAUCAGAACUCGCGGCGCACGGUGGACUUCCUGGCGAACGGGCUGGUGUUCUCCGAGGGCGCCUUCUGGGCGCGGCAGCGCAAGAUGAUCACCCCCGCCUUCAGCCCCGCCUCCAUCAAGCACGCAGUGACGGUAAUGAACGACCAAGCACGCAGGGCAGUGCAGCAGUGGGUGCACGCGGUCACCCACGGCAGCGACAGCAACGGGAGCAGGAGCGACAGUGGCAGCGGCGUGUGUGAGAUUGACAUGUAUACCGCUUUCACGUCCCUCACUCUCGACAUCAUCGGCCUUGCUGCUUUUGGCAACACCGUCAGCAGCAGUGGGGCGGGCAUGGGUGGCGGUGAAGGUGAUGCCAAGGAGACGGAGGGGAAAAGGAGUGUGAAUGGAGGAGAGGAGGAGGGGAGGAGUGUGAGGGAGGUGUAUGAGGCGGUGGCUCUCCUGAGCACGGGAAGCACCAAGAGGAUGUUUUCAGGCCGCCUCUUCAUCCCCUUCUACACCUGGCUGCCCACGCGGGAGAACAAGGAGCUGCAGCGGGCAGCGGAGAAGGUCAGGCGCCUGUCUCUCGACCUCAUUGCCACGCGCAGACACCAGCUGAAGAGCGAGCCGGGGAAGGACCUGCUGGCAGUGAUGCUGGCAGCGAGGGAUGACGUCAGCAACGAGCAGAUGACCGACCAGCAGCUGGUGGACGAGUGUGUCACGUUCCUCGUGGCCGGCCACGAGACAACAGCCAAGCUGCUGACGUGGGGCGUGUACCUGCUGGCGCGCUUCCCUGAGUGGCAGCAACGGCUGCGGGAGGAGGUGUGGCAGGUGAUGGGGGAGCAUGGGGAUGCAGAGAAAGGGGUGAUGGAAGGUGGAGAGGAAGGGGAGAAGGAGGAGGGGGCACGGGGCAAGAAGGGAGGGGGCGGAGUGGAGGUGGCAUGGGAGCAAGUGGCGCAGCUGAGGCAGAUGCACAUGGUGCUGCUGGAGACACUCAGGCUCUUCCCACCCACGCCUACCAUCACCAGGGAGGCCAGCAAGGACGUCUCCCUGGGCCCGUACAGCAUCCCAGCGGGCACGCACAUCAUGAUGUCGCUCGCCAUGCCGCACAGCGACCCGCGCUACUGGGGGGAGGACACGCUCCACUUCAACCCCGCCCGCUUCAAGGGUACGCCUCCAGCCGCGCCUCAUGCUGUUGCGCUGCAGUCACACCAUCCAUCUGCUGCUAGGGGGGUGGUCGGGAGGGAGGGAGGGAGAAGAGAGGGGGAAGGGGCUCACUCAUCACAGUUAGGAUUCACGGCGCAGCUGGCGCAUCACACGGUCCUCUCUCCACACGGGUACUCGGUUCUCCGGCCUGGGUCUUUCCUUGAUUCAGCUCACCCCACUGCCGUUCAUUCCCUCAUUGCCCUUAAUCCUCCCUUGCCCUUCAUCCCCCCCCUGCCCAUCCUCCCCUCACCAUGA